AUGAAAAGUUCUUGCCUCUUCUGUGUUAUCUCUGCUACACUUCUGCUGUGUCUGAAAAUCAGUGCCAGCCUCAAAAGCCUCCACUUGGGCCACUGUGUGAUCUCUGUGAAUAUCCAUGAAAUAAGGCACAGCUUUGCAGCCAUUAAAGAAAUGACUCAAUCUAAAGAUGAACGUACUGACAUCAGAAUCUUACACAAAUCAUAUUCUUUGCAAAACACUGAGCCAAUGGACAGGUGUUGUUUCCUUCGUCGCUUGCUAAGAUUUUAUCUGGCUACCGUUUUCAGUCACUACAAGGCAUCCAGUCCCCUCGUCAGCAGGAAGGUCAGCAGCAUAGCCAACUCCUUUCUCAGCAUCAAGAAGGAGCUGAGGCUCUGUCAUGAAGUCAGCAUGUGCCACUGUGGAGAGGAUGUGAAGCAUAAAUGUGGACAAAUCCUGAGCCAGUAUGAAAAGAUGGACGUAGCCUCUGCAGGUCUGAAGGCUUUUGGGGAGCUAGAUAUCCUAUUGGACUGGAUGGACAAGGCUGAUUAG